UGGGUUAAACAACAAAUAUUUCGAACAGCCUGGGCUUACGUUGUACUGGGAAUGUGUGACCACAAGUUUGAAUUCUCCAUAAUUAAAGACAGCUUUCAUUUCUUUUCAUUUUUAUGUUUAUUUUUUCAUAAAAAAGAGACAGCUUUCUUUGUUUUGUGAUACUGUUACGCUCGAGUGUGCGUAGCAUCGGGUAUCGUGUCGUAAGAUGUUGGAUUUCUUGGCGUACACCGUGCGGCGCAUCUUCAUCAAACAUAAUGCACCCGCUUCAUGAUCAUGAUGUGAAACUGAAACUGCUCCUUCCCUUCCUUAACCCCUACACUUCAAGUUUUCCCUCCGCGGAACAAAAUGGGAAUGGGAACUAGCACCUUUGUUACUAGAUGGAUCAACUUUCUCACCAUGCUUUUGGCCAUUGCUGUGAUAAUAUUUGGAGUGUGGAUGAGCACUCAUCAUGAUGGCUGCCGAAAGUCUCUCACCGUGCCUGUGAUAGGCCUCGGAGCAGUUAUUUUCUUAAUAUCUGUAGUUGGCUUUUUGGGUGCCCUGAAAAACAUCUCCAUACUAUUAUGGAUUUAUCUGAUCACCCUGUUCUUUGUCUUGGUGGGAAUUCUGGUCUUCACAGUAUUGGUGUUCAUCGUGACUAACAACGGAUCGGGUCAUAGUGUUACUGGUUUAAGGUAUAAGGAAUACCAACUUCAAGAUUUUAGUUCUUGGUUUCUCAAAGAGUUAAACAAUUCUCGUAACUGGGAGAGGUUGAAGGUUUGUCUUGUCAAAUCUGAUGACUGCAAUAACCUAUCCAAAAAAUAUAAGACUCCUAAACAAUAUAAAUCAGCUAAAUUGUCACCAAUUGAAGCUGGCUGCUGCCGACCGCCUUCCCAAUGUGGAUAUCCUGCUGUAAAUGCAUCCUACUAUGACUUGACCUUUCAUCCAGUUAGCCCAAACAAUGACUGCAAGCGGUACAAGAAUUAUCGGGCCGUCAAAUGCUAUGAUUGUGACUCUUGCAAGGCUGGUGUGGCACAAUACAUGAAAACCGAGUGGAGAGUUGUUGCAAUAUUUAAUGUUGUUUUAUUUGUUGUCUUGUGUAUUAUAUACUUCGUGGGAUGCUGCGCGAGACGAAAUGCUGCAAGGAGCCAUUCUAAAGCUUGAAGGGAACCUCCUCUAUCUAUGAACCCAUCAUCAAAUCAAAUGCUUUUGAAAUUCUUAAAGAAGAAAUCAGUGUACUGGGCUAGAGAUAAAAACUCCUCAAAUUCAAGUUAUUUAUAGGAACCCUAGUGGUGGAUUGUGUAAUCUUUGUGAACACCAUGACUUGAUUUGUUUUAUUAUUUGAUUUGAUGUGAAUAGAAAAUCCAAAAUCAGAAAUCUCUACAAGCCAAAGAUUAACGUCUGGUUUGUUCGCUAAGAUAAUAUUUGAAGUUAAAAACCUUUUAUCAGUGUAGCGUUUGUUAAUGCAGCAUAAAGUUAGUGUUAAGGAAA